AUGGCGACGACUCGCACCGGCCGAACGUCGCCGCCCCUCCUCGACGCGCGAUCCUGGACCGAGGCCGAGGACGACGCGGUGCGCGCCGCCGUGGCGAGUCACGGCAAGCGGGCGUGGACCGACGUCGCGCGCGACGUGAGCGACGCCUUCCCGGGGCGCCCCAAGACCAGCAAGCAGUGCCGCGCGCGCUGGGUCGCCAGCCUCGACCCCAAGAUCACGACGCGCCCCUGGACCGAGGCCGAGGAACGGAUCAUCCGCGAGAGCCAGGCCGAGGUCGGAAACAAGUGGGCGACCAUCGCCAAGCGGUAGUUAUCGCCGCGUCCACGGCGAGCCACGCGCCCUUCGAAAAACGACGCCGUUUCGAGGUUCAUCCCGCCCCUCGGCUCCGCGCGGCCGGUCCCCGGUUUUCGCACCUCCGCGCCCCCUUUGCGCAGGCUACCGGGCAGAACCGACAACGCGGUCAAAAACUACUGGCGCGGUGCCGGCGCGUGGACAUUCGAGCUUUUUUGGUGGGAACGC